CUCCACUAUCUCGCGUCCCCUCCCCAGCUCCACAUCCAUCCCACGCACAUUCGACGCCGUCUCGCUGCUCGUGCGACACCACAGCGGGUGCCAACGCUGCCCAUCGAGCCCGCGUCCGCGCCCCACCGGCUGCUCUCCACAGCGCCGCGCCUUCUCCACACGCCGCCAUGGCGCUGCCCGCCUCCACGCCGUCGGGCGCUGCGGCCACGCCGAACGGCGCCAAUGCUGGCAGCAGCGGUGCAGGCGGUGAAGCUCCUGUGGUGCCAAGAGUCCCGCCGCCGCCACGGCGAGUGACAUACUCGCUGCCGCCGCGGCCCACGUCCGGCCUGCCCUACUUCGCCCUCCCGCCGCCAGGCCUGCCGCGGCAUGGCCGCUCGCAGCCGCUGCUCGAGUCGCUGCCGCCUGCGACGCCGCCCGCCGACGCCCAGACGUCGCGUGCGCCGCAUCCGCAGCACACGCUCCCCGUCACGAGCCUGGCACUCGACACGAGCACGUGCAUCUCGGACGACGGCUCGGACGGCCUGACGCCGCGCGGCAUCCUCUACACGGGCGCCCGCGACGGCCUCGUGGCAUCCUGGGAGCUCGGUCUGCCGAUGCGGCGCCGGGCGCCGCGUGUCGCACGCAGCUGGCGCGAUCGUGCAGACAUUGACGAGAACGGCAUGCGAGUGGAGCAGGGCGGCCGCAUGUCGGCUGAGGAUGAUGGAGACGAGGAGCCCGGGCCCAUCCCGAUGGAGCAGGCGUGGCAGGUGGAUCCGCAAAGGGCACGCGAGCGGCUGCCCAGCGCCAAGUUUCGGCAGUGCGUGCAGAGCCAUACGGAUUGGGUCAACGACAUGCUGCUGUGCAACAUGAACCAGACGCUCGUGUCUGCUGGAUCAGAUGGCUCUGUGCGAAUGUGGAACCCACACGAUGCUCGUGGCGCCGUGACGCCUGAGCUGCUCGGCACGCAUCUCGACUACGUGCGCGCUCUGACACAUGCGCGGGAGCCUGCCUGGGUCGCGAGUGGAGGCUUCGACUCGACAGUCAAGCUAUGGGACAUCCGCGAGACGCGCGAGGACCCCAUCAUCUCGUUGCCAGCGUCAGAGGUCAUGGCGUCUGUCUACGCCCUCUCCACGAACGCAGCCGGCACUGUGCUCGCUGGCGGCACGCCCGAGCGCGUGGUGCGGACAUGGGACCCGCGCAGCGGCAAGCGCAUCGCUUCGCUCAUCGGCCACACCGACAACAUCCGCUCGCUCGUCGUGUCGGACGACGGCCGCUACCUUCUCAGUGCCUCGUCAGACGCCUCGAUUCGCCUGUGGUCGCUGGGCGAGCAGCGCUGCCUGCACACCUUUACGCACCACAGCGAGAGUGUGUGGUCGCUGCACUCGUCGCACCCGACGCUCGACGUCUUCUACUCGGGCGACCGCAUGGGCUACGUGUGCAAGGUCGACUGGGAGCGCUGCGCCGAGCCGGCCGAGGGCGAGUGCGUCGUGCUCUUCAAGGACAGCGGCGAGGGCUCCAAGACGGGCGUGCCGCGCGCACGCAAGGACAACAUGGGCAUCCACAAGAUCAUCGCGCAGGACGAUGCGUACGUCUGGACUGCCGGCGGCAGCUCGUCCGUCGCUCGCUGGAACGACGUGCCUUCGCGCAUGUCUCGCGAGGCGCUCUACCCCAUCAGCAGCACCGUGGGCAACUCUAGCUCGCAGGCGCUACUUGGCGCCCCUCCUCGCGCCACGGACUCUCCCGCGCCGCCGGCUCCGUCGCUGACCAGCGCACUCAAGUCUGCGGGCGCAGCGCAAGGCAGUCCCUCGGCAGCAUCCGUCUCGUUCGCGCACAAGUCGAUGGACUCGCCUGGCCUGCGCUUCCAGGUGCCGUCGCACCUUGCUGGCUCAAACCUGCGCGCGGCGUCGGGCAGCCGUCAUCGCCACACGCUGUCCAGCGCGUCGCAGGCCACGUCGACAGACGUGCACGAGCUGGCAGGUGCCUCGCAACACCACCCCGCUGCCACGCUCUACGGCAUCCCCUUCGACUCACUGGUCAGCCUCGCGCCUCCAGCCAGCGAGAGCUACGCCGCCGUGACUGGCCUUAGCAGCAUGGUCUCGCGUGACCCUGACAGCGGAGGCGCCACGUCGCGCUUCAGCUCGCAGUUCCGCAGCACGCCGCCAUUCUCGUCGCCGUCCUUCGACAUCACGCAGCACAUGUCGCCUGCGUCCCCCAUCCCGGCAUCGCUGCUUAGCGAGACGACGCGGCCAAAGAGCACGCGUAGCGCGAGCAUCCGCUUUGCGCCCGAGCAAGAGCCGCUGCCCCGUGACAGCCUGGCGCGCGAGGCCUCGAACGAGGCUGCCGUCGUCGAUGACGAGGAGGCAGCGGAAGAUGCGGCCAUCGAGGCGCGGCAAGCAUACGAGGAGCGCGACGCUGCUCCCGACGCCAUCCCGCUCUACUCUGCUCCAGCUGAUGUCAUCGAGGGCACACAUGGCCUCAUCCGCACGUCGAUGCUCAACGACCGCCGCCACGUGCUGACCAUCGACACGGCCGGCGUCGUUGCUGUCUGGGACAUCGUCAAGGGCGCAUGUCUCGGCGUGUUUCGCACGCAGGAUGUUGUCACCGCCGCGCGAGACGCCGGCGACAUCGAGUUUCGCGACCCCAACUCAGACGAGGUGGCGCCGGCUGACGCGCUCAAUCUCGUGCGCGAGCGCAUCGAGGGCGAGGCGGCGACGCUGCUGUGGUGCACGGCCGACGUGCGCGGCGGCCUCCUCUCUGUGCAUCUCGAGGAGCUGCGCGCCUUCGACGCCGAGAUCUACCUCGACGACUGCGACUUCGUGCCGCAAGCUUUCGCCAAGGAGGACCAACGCAUCAACAUGGGCAAGCUCGUCCUGCGCAAUCUCUUCGACACGUUCGUCUCGAUGGAGUACAAGCUGCGUUCCGGCCCCUCGCCGCCGAUGCGGCCCGGACAACUCGCGCUUGACCACCCGAAGCUGCUGCACUCGCCGCCGUCGCAGAUCAGCAUCCCCAACGGCCGGACAUUUAGAGACCUGCAACGUACGCCGGGCAUGACGAUCGCCCUUGCCGAGCCGCCCAAGACGCCAGCGCUGCUGCCGGCCGGCGCCGCCCCGCUGACGCCUUCCGCUUCGCGCGGGCUUGCGAGCCUCACCUCGCGGACUGCUGCUGGGUCAAGCGGCGCAGGCGCUCCCGGAUCGCCCGGAGACUACUUCUCCCUGCCGAACCAGAGCGGCGCAGCGCAGCCUUCGACUCCGACCAAUGUCACGACACCCGGCGCGACCAGCCCGGCGAUCACCACGGCGGCGGCACCGACCAGUGGCGGACUCAUGAGCCGCCUGCGCAUCGGCAAGAAUCGCAAGGGCGACAAGAAUGCGGACGUGUCGGCAUCUAAGGCCGACGAGAAGCCAGAAGUUGCAAUCGUGGCGCCGGUCGAGGACAAGAAUGCCGCACUGCGCCAGCUUCUCUCUCAGCCGGUGCAGCCGGCGUCGGCGUCAGAGAUCCCGACCUACUCCUUCCUGGCCGACACGACGAUCCUCGUGGAGCAAGCGCCCGAGCCCGGCUCGUGGCAAGCGCAGUACCGUGGCCUCGUGCGGACAGUAGCUCAGGAUGCCGGCGCACUCGAGGCUGCUGCACCACUCUGGCUGCUCGACUUUCUGCUGCACAACCGCGGCCCGACGCGCGACCCGAGCAAGAUCAGCUUUACGCUCGCGCCGUGGAUUGCGCCCGAGCUGCGCGGACGUGCCGACGGCUUCGGCGGGUACGGCAACAUCAGCGGCUCGACGCCUGUGCCGCUCCCAGAGCUGCCGAGCGGUGGUGCACGUCUGACGGCCACACGCAUGCUGCGCAUCAAGAAGAGCUGCGCGUACGUGGCCGAGAAGCUGGAGCUGGCGCACACGUCGAGCUCGCGCAACCAUAGCAUCGCCGGCUCUCGGCGGCCGUCCGUCGACCCGACGUCGCCGCUGCACCGCGCCUCGAGCGGCCUGAGCAUGACUGCACUCGCCAAUGCCGCCAACGCAGCCGCCGCCAAGCGGCGCGGCGAGGCCUCGUCGCCGCCGUCGGCGGCCUCGUCGGUGCGCUCCAUGUCGCACCUGCCCGACGCGGUGGACCUCAUCGAGAUUCUCUGCAACGACAUCGUGCUGCCGCUCAACACGACGCUCGCCGAGGUGCAGCGCUUCUACUGGCGCUCCAGCGGCGACCCGGAGCUGCGCUACCGCUCGCGCAUCAUCAGCGCCUAGUCGCGCACCCCUGUCGCCUCUGGCCCUUCAUAGAGCUCCUCCUUCUGCUCCUCUUCGCACCCCCACUCCUUGCGCGGCACAUCCGCCGCACCCGACAUUUCCACCCGCUGUACUCUAAUGCCGUCCCUCUGCUGUCGUGAUGCACAUGCCUCGUUUGAG